AUGUCUUCUAAAUUAUUAAAUUCCAAACUUUAUAUUAAUUCAAAAGCUUUGACAAAGACUUUAAAAAAUAAACGAUUUAUUCACGACAAUGGAUCACCAUAUAUUGAUUCCAAAGAGGAUAUUGCUUCCAUCGAAAAAUGGUGGAGUUCACCAAGAUAUAUGGACUUGAAAAGAGACCAUACUUCUUUAGAUAUUGUAAAGCAUAGAGGUAAUUUAUCUUUACAAAAUUAUACCAAAUACCCUUCAUCUUUCCAAGCUGAUAAAUUAUUUAAUUUAGUUAAUUCACAUUUCAAUGAGAAAAAACCAUUACAUACACUGGGGGUUAUUGAUCCACUCCAAAUGUCACAACUUGCUAAAUGCAAAGAAAUUAAAGUUAGUUAUAUAUCAGGAUGGGCCUGUUCUUCCACAUUAGUUGGGUCCACAAAUGAAGUAUCUCCAGAUUUUGGUGAUUACCCUUAUGAUACUGUACCAAAUCAGGUAGAAAGAAUCUUUAAAGCUCAACAGUUACAUGAUAGGAAAUAUAUGUUGUCCAACUUUAAUUCCAGUGGGAGCAAGAAGGAAGAAGUCGAUUAUUUGAAACCAAUUAUUGCUGAUGCCGAUAUGGGUCAUGGUGGAUUAACUUCAGUAAUGAAAAUGGCUAAGUUAUUUGCAGAAAAGGGAGCAGCUGGCAUACAUCUGGAAGAUCAAUUAAUGGGUGGUAAAAAAUGUGGCCAUUUAGGUGGGUCCGUAGUAGUUCCUACUGCAACACAUCUUUCUCGGUUAAAAGCUACUAGAUUUCAAUGGGAUCUAAUGGGGACAAACAACUUGAUUAUUGCAAGAACAGACUCAUUAAAUAGUAGGCUACUAAGUAGUUGUGUGGACCCAAGAGACCAUGCCUUUAUUAAAGGUAUAAUCAAUAAGAAUGAAAAACCAUUAUCAGACACAAUUAUUGAUACUCAAUCUGCUAUUGAUAUAAGUAAAGACGAUUUCGCAGCAAUAGAAGAAAAUUGGUACGAUAAAAAUAAAUUAUAUACAUAUGAUGAAGCUGUUGAAUUACAAUUAUCAAAUGAAGAGUUUAAUCAAUAUAAAAGUUUGAAAGCAAAAUUAACCAAUACCAAAAUGGACAAAAAUUACUUUAGUAUUUAUGAAAUGAGAGAAAUAACAAGACAAGUGGCCCCCAAUAAAACUGUUCAUUUCGAUUGGGAUGCUCCAAAGACAAUAGAAGGCCAUUAUAUGUUCAACGGGUGUACAGAAGCUGCCAUUCAAAGAUCCAUCGCAUUUGCCCCAUAUGCUGAUUUGAUUUGGCUGGAGACAAAGACACCAGAUUUAAAUGAAGCCACAAAUUUUGCAAGAAAAAUUCACUCUGUAUAUCCAAACACUAAAUUGGUUUAUAAUUUAUCCCCAAGUUUUAACUGGAUGGAAAACGGGUUUACACCCGAUACAUUAAAAAGCUUCAUUUGGGAUCUUGCAAAAGAAGGUUUUGUAUUACAAUUAGUAUCCUUGGCUGGGUUACAUGUGGAUGGAGUUUCUUUCUGGGAAUUAGCCAAGGACUUCCAAUACAAUGGUAUGAAAUCUUACGUAGACAUAGUCCAAAGGAAGGAAAAAGAAAUAAAUUGUGACAUUUUAACUCAUCAAAAAUGGUCAGGAGCUGAAUAUAUAGACUCAAUUAUGAAUGUUGUAAAUAACGGUUCAUCAUCGAAAACCCAAAGUACUACGGGUUCUUCUUAUACAGAAUCCCAAUUCUAA